GGGAAACAUCCCGAGGAAAACUCUAACGAACUCUCCCAAAAAUGGCCGAACGAAAAGGCAGAAAAGCUAAGAAAAUCUCAGUUUUGAACAUUUCAAACACAUAGAAAAAGAGAGAGAGAGAAGAUCUGAAAGAAGAAUGAGCAGCGAAGAAGAGAAGACGGUGUGUGUGACAGGAGCUUCAGGUUACAUUGCUUCGUGGAUCGUCAAGCUUCUCCUUCUCCGUGGCUACACCGUUAAAGCCUCUGUUCGUGAUCCAAAUGAUCCGAGGAAAACAGAGCAUUUGCUUGCGUUAGAAGGUGCAGAGGAAAGGCUUCAAUUAUUCAAAGCAAACUUGUUAGAAGAAGGCUCCUUCGACUCAGCAAUCGACGGUUGCCAAGGAGUUUUCCACACUGCAUCACCAUUCUAUCACGAUGUCAAAGAUCCUCAGGCUGAGUUACUUGAUCCAGCAGUGAAAGGAACAAUUAAUGUUCUAAGCACUUGCUUGAAGACUCCCUCUGUUAAGAGAGUCGUCUUAACCUCAUCUAUAGCAGCUGUUGCUUUCAAUGGAAUGCCUCGAACACCCGAUACCAUAGUUGAUGAAACUUGGUUCGCCGAUCCUGAAUAUUGCAGAGCUGCCAAGCUAUGGUAUGUACUCUCCAAGACAUUAGCUGAAAAUGCAGCGUGGAAGUUCGCGAAAGAGAACGAUAUGCAGCUGGUUUCGAUAAAUGCAGCAAUGGUGAUUGGUCCUCUUUUACAGCCAACGCUCAACACUAGUGCUGCUGCAGUACUAAGCUUGAUCAAAGGAGCACAGACGUUUCCUAAUGCGACAUUCGGGUGGGUUAACGUCAAAGAUGUAGCAAACGCUCAUAUUCAAGCGUUUGAGAAUCCAGAAGCUAAUGGAAGAUACUGUUUAGUGGAGAGAGUUGCUCAUUACUCUGAGGUUGUUAACAUUUUGCAUGAUCUUUACCCUGAUUUUCAACUCCCUGAGAAGUGUGCAGAUGAAAAGAUAUUUAUUCCAACCUACAAAGUGUCAAAAGAGAAAGCAGAGUCUCUUGGGGUUGAGUUUGUGCCAUUGGAGGUUAGCAUAAAGGAGACUGUUGAGAGUUUGCAAGACAAAGGGUUCAUCAGAUUCUGAGUUUCAUGCCAGAACCAGACUUGGAUGUGUUUGUGUUUCCUUCCUUCCCAUGUUUCUACUUUUUAAUUUGGUUGUGGUUAUUUUCCUUAAUUUAAUUCUGGAGUGCAUGUGUUGCCUAUGACAUUUUGAAAGUUUGUUUUUGCAGAAUUAAACUAUUUUGUUCUCAUUGGAAUUUGUAUUUGCAUGUAAUUUGGUGUAUAAUUAUUUCCUAAUAAGUAAUGAGUCUAUAUGUCAACAAGUGAUAUUUGCCUCAUUUUAUCAC